AAAGGUAUCCUCCGCACACAAUUGCAAAGACCAAUCCGUAGCUGAGAUUCAGGUAAUGCAAUUUAUUUACUACUAGUAGAUAGAACAAUGCCCUCAUGGCUUUACUACUAUAAAUAGUCUUCAGCAUCCUUAUUUUGGCAAGCAGAUCGCAUCAUGAAUUCCACAAAGGUUAUGUCGUUUGAGCUGAAUGGAAUGCAAAUCAAAACCACCGUGACCAAUGAAGCAAUAGUGAUCAAUGAACGCAUAAUGUCUUUCUUACAACCUACCAGCGAUCACGGAACUAAGGUAAUCGGGUUUGAUUUCGAGUGGCAUCCGAUUACAUAUUUUGAAUCAGCUAGAACCAAUCCCCAAACCAAUCAUGGAUCUGCAGAUAGAAACUGUCCUCCUCCUUCCCAGGCCAGUCCUGCAACCUUUCAACUUUGUGAUGGAAAUUCGUGUCUUAUUAUUUACACACGUCCUAAGAGUAAGAUUCCUCUUUCGCUACUUAAUUUUCUUCGUCAACCAAAUUAUACAUUCGUUGGCUGUGGCAUCAAAGACAAUUUUGCUAAAUUGGAGAAACAUUUUUAUGGGAUCGGAUGCAGAAAUGCUGUAGAACUUGGAACCUUGGCUGCUACUAUCAUGGAUGAGCCUCAUUUACGUUUUUGUGGCGUUGAUGAACUAGCAUUUCUGGUUGAUGAACUUGAUCUUCGUAAGGAAAGGCCUUUAAACAUGACUUUUGAUUGGGGACAUUAUCCUUAUAGCGAAAACCUAGCUAAACUUGCUACUGUUAAUGUUUACUCUUAUCAUAAGAUUGGGAGCACAUUGCUUGCAAAGUAUAGACCUCAAUCAAAUCCACCUCUCGGUGUUUGUUUGAUUUAGGAGUUUUGUGGUUUGAAAGAUUUAUGUUUGUCUCCAAUUAUGUUUCUUUUUCUUGCUUUGCCUAACAUGUACUGCUAUGGUUGAGAUUAUGAAGAUUUAUGUUUGUCUCCAAGUAUGUUUCUUUUUCUUUUUCUAUACUUAUUAUCACUUGAUGAACUAGAAGUUGUAAUCAUUUUAUGCAUUUCUUUUUGCAAUUUAGUGUUCAUGUUGAUUUAGUGUCUAAAAGAAUUGGAAGUUCUAAUUACUUUGUGCAUUUCCAAUGAUUACAUGGACAAGAAAAAGAUAUGUGUAGUGCAGAAAUGCACUUCUUAUU